AUGGAUUAUAUGUUAUUUUGUGAUGGAUUAUUUUCGCUGAGUUCAGAUCAACAGGGGUUGGUCGGAGAGUUUGGGAAACGGGUGGGAGAGGAGUGGAAUUGGGAGUUCAGGUGGAGAAGAGAUUUGCGUGAGAGGGAGAUUGGGAUGGUUAACAAUAUGUUGCUGGUUAUCUCUACUUUGGCUCCUCGUGCAGGAAAGAAGGAUGGAUGGAAAUGGAAAGCAGCAAAAGAUGGAGUUUUCUCAACCAAGUCGGCAUAUGAGGCCAUUUCAAAGGAGAAAGGCGAGAUGGCAUCUACCCAUCACGAGGUGUUGGCCCAAGUUUGGGAGGCGCCAACCCCCCAUAAGGCGAGGGUUGUUGCAUGGAGAAGCUUGAGAAAUAGAUUGGCGACGUGUGACAAUUUGGUAAAGACGAAUGUACCGAUUAAAGUUGAAGAGAAGUGGUGCAAUGCAUGCGUGUGUCAUGAAGAGACGGUGGAACACAUGUUUCUUCAUUGCCCAAAAGCCGAACAAAUUUGGGAUCAAAUUCAGCAAUGGCUCAACAUCAAAACGGCAAAGCCACAAGGUCUUUCUCAACAUUUUUUGUCUUUUACUCAUGGCGGCAAAGGUAAGAAAAGCAGAAAAUUUUUGAAAGCUCUUUGGGUUGGAACAAUAUGGCUGCUGUGGAAUUAUAGAAAUGAAAGUAGGUUUGAAGGAAAGGCGUGUGAUACACAAAAACUUGUGUUGGAUGUUAAAGGUAGACUUUGGAGUUGGAACAAGACUUUUCAAAUUGUGGAAGUGAAUGUUCCUUUUUCUUUGUGGUGCUCCCGAGAGUACUCACUUUCCUUUUUGUAA